GUUCCCUAUGACGUCACUGUCAUGGCCACUCACUGUCUUGUUUAUCAAAAGUUGUGUACAUUUUUAUCGUCUGCGAAACGUUUUGCGAUUUAAACUUUUAGCAAGACUUGAAAGCAAUGAGCGACACCAGCUCAACUUGUAGUUCCCCUGGGGCGAGAGCCCUAGCCGUUGUAAAGAAUGUGGAGGACUUACAAGUAUUUAAAAAGCCAGGACUUCCACUUUCCAGUCAAGUCCGAAGAAAGCAGAAAGUUUUAGAUGAAGAUGCUUACAUUGAGCAAAUUGGAAAAAUUGUUGAACGAGAUUUCUUCCCAGACCUUGAAAAAUUACGGGCUCAAAAUCGGUACCUUGAAGCGAUGGAUCAAAAUGAUGUUAGAACAAUGCGAGAACUUUAUGCCAAGUACAGCUCAGGUUCCAAGCCCCCUCUUGAAAGGUGUGUUAGUCCAGCAACUUUUGAAACUCCGGUCAUAAAUAGGAACAGCGAUUCUGAACCGUCAAUGAGUGAAUCAGCUAGUGGUUCCAGAGAAAAUGAAAAUGAAAGCGAAGCAGAAACCACAGGUGGUACAAGGAGGUUAGAUGCCUUCCUUAGUGCUCACACCAGUGAGGACAAUGAAAGUUUUCAAGAAAUCAUGAAAGAGACUGCUCUAAGACACAGGCACAGGUAUGGAUGGUUGUACCAAGACGAGGAUGAAUCAGCUAAACAAGUCAAAGAUCAAUUGGCAUUACCACCCAUUGAGAAACAAGCAGAAAUUGCUGACAGGCCUUUCAAUAUUGAUACAUGGAAAUUUAAAAAUAGAAACUUCAUCAUGUAUGUCCCAGAUGGAGAGCCACUCUCAGAGGCUGGCAGAACUGAACUCGCAAACAAACGACAAGAAAUUCAACACAGCAACACCCGAUUACAAAGAAAUCCAUUUGAUGAGCGUCAAAAUAAGGAAGUCAUUAAGGGCUUAGCAGUCACUCAGGCUAGGUCCCAAGAUGGUAAAAUUGGAGUGGAUGGCAAAGAGUUGACUACAGAAACACCCAAUGUAAAUGGGUUCAGCUUUGUUACAAUGGAUUCACCAAUGCCAGGUGUGAUGGAUUCUCCUUUGAUGACGUGGGGUGAAAUCGAGGGCACCCCGUUCCGACUUGAUGGUGGUGACACUCCAAUUCGUCCAACUCAAGGACCUAGCUUUAAGAUGCACGCCCCGCCUAAAAGAGAAAAAAUAGCAUUGGCUUUAGCAGAGAAAGCUGGCGAGAGAAAACACAAAGAGCGAAAACAGAAGGCAUUGGAGGCCGCUCGCCGAUUAGCCUCACCAUCUCCAAGACCGGGCACAGGCCCAUUAGAACGUUUGAGUUCUAUGUCUCCGGCAGCUCAGAGAUUUGCUACUAAUCGACUUCGAUCCGGAGAUUCAGCCUUGAGAGCAUCUUACUCUCCAUCUCCCCAGAGAAGUGCUGGAUUCGCAACACCAGGGCCAUCAACGCCUCUUUUAACUCCCACGAGAAGAACACCUCUUAGACAUACACCCAGUAGACAGGGGAAACCACGUACUCCCAAAAUUAGCACAAAUUUGACUGAUGACUUGUUGAAGUUACCGAAUUCUAACCGUCAACGAGCAGCGGAUUUCUUUUAGUCUUCUAUGAAACACUUGUUAUUAUUUUCUUUAGGCUGCAAGUACUUGAACUUUUUUCCCCUUUCUUUCUUUAUAAAUCUUAAUGUUUACUGUAUUGUUUAAGAAAAUGUGAUAGUAUUUUCCCUUUACGUAAUCCUUAUUAUGUACAGUUUUUCUUUUCUUUGUGUGUUGUUUUGUGUAGAUGAUAAAGUCGGUGUUUAAUCGUGAUUGAGACUCUUGCAAUCAUUGUGAUAACUUUGCCCAUAAGGAGCAUUAUGGCUUGCUCAUUAUUCAUGUGGAGGUUUGGUGCACAGUAAAACCAUAAGUGCGCAGUGUACUGUACAAGGUGUCCAAGUUCAAUAAAUUGGUAUCUUUGUUCUGAAA